UAUUAUUAAUCCCCAGUCCGUACGCGCCCCAAAAUACGUGCGAGAAGUGGCAACGCCGGGCGGCUACCACACUAGUCAGUAGUCACUCACUAGUCAGGCGGUACGAUGGGUCGUGCGGCGGCCGUGUGGUGCUUUCUAGUGUUGUGUGCUCGCGCUGCCGCUCUCGAAUUUUAUUCGUACGGACCCGCUUACGAUUCGCAACUCACACGACAAAACGACGUGUCCAGCUACGAGAUAUCGCUGAAUGUUCCGAUCAGGUUUUUUGGGGAGACGUACAACUCGAUUUUUGUAAACAGCAAUGGACUGCUUUCAUUUCUCACGGAGAUUCCGAUGUUCUUCAGUAUCCAGUUUCCCCUUAACUACCCCGUUAUCGCACCCUUGUAUGCCAAUGUGGACUUGAGUGGCAAAGGCAACGUCUACUACAGAGAGACGCAAGAUCCAGAGUUGAUAAAAAGGUUUGACGAGCGAGUGAACCGCUUCUACCCCAGGUUAUCUGCUCCGUUUCAUGCACGGAGUGUUUUCAUUGCCUCAUGGAUUGAGGUUGGGUACUAUCCACAGGGAGUUGACAAGGUAAACACGUUCCAAGCCGUGGUGGGCAGUGAUGGAACCGAAUCGUUUGUGGAGUUACUGUACCGUCAAGGAGGUAUACAGUGGGUCCAGGGGCAAGGCCAGAGCUCCAGACUACCUGAGGCUAGAGCACAGGCUGGCUUUGUGGCCGAGGAUGGACGACUGUAUACGCUACGAGGCAGUGGAACAGACCAGAUCCAGAAUCUAGACAGAUGGAGUAACACAGAUGAACCGGGGUCUUGGUUGUUCCGGGUCGGAGACACAGGACCUGGGAAUGUAGAACCACCUCAGGUGUCUUUUGGUGGAGAUGACAACCUAGUGGAGGAAGCCAGCUGCCAGGUGGCCGCAGCAAUGUGUCACAGCCGCGCCUCUUGUGUGGACUCUAACGACAACUUCUGCUGUGUCUGCCAAUCUGGUUACUACGGCAACGGACUCGCGUGUCUUCAGGAUCAGAUCCCUCUGCGAGUGAACGGCAAGAUGACGCUGAGUCUCAACUCCGCGGCCGGCCAGGAGGUGGACGUGCAGGCCUACGUUGUGACAGCUGACGGCAGAUGCUACACUGCACUCAGUAGAGUACCUCCGGCCAUUGGCACCGACGCACAGCUAGUCACGUCUACAGCAGAUGUCAUAGGCUGGCUGUUCGCCAAGUCCAUCAAUGAUGCACCCAACGGAUACAAACUGACAGGAGGUAUUUUCAACCACACGGCAGUCUUGACCUUCGCUAACGGCCAGUACAGAGCCACUGUAGAGCAACGGUUCCUCGGUUUGGACGUGUUUGACCAACUGAGAAUGGAGGGAAAGAUCUUCGGAACAGUUCCGUCCGUUCCUCAUGGCUACAAACUGUCUCUCCCGGACUCCCAAACACAGUUCCGGAAAGUUUCUGCAGGUAAGGUUACGUCCCAGUCAACAUAUGUCAUCUACGCAGACAACUCCCAGGACCAGUUCCCAGUGUCUGUGGAACAGACUAUAAGCUUUGACGAACAUUGUCCGUCCGCUUAUCCUGAAGGCUCACUUAGACUUAAGGCUGCCCGCAACUUCAUCAGUUACGAAGAAACAGAGAACAUACUCAGAUUUGCCGCCACCAACAAAAUAUCCUCUCUGUCUGACAAUGACGACCCCUGUGUUGUUGGGCAAGUCAGCUGUGUCAACAACAGCCAUUGUAUCCCUGACACGUCUCAACGCAUCUCAACAUUCCGUUGUGUCUGCAACAACGGUUUCCAGACACUAUACACAGACGAGACGACGGGAGACUACGGUUGUGUCGACAUCAACGAGUGUCAGUCCGGGUCUCACACAUGUGAUGAGAACGCUCUCUGUAUCAACGAGAUCGGCUCCUUCAGUUGUCAGUGUCGACCCGGAUAUUCUGGCAAUGGAUUCUCCUGCCAAGCCAUACAGCAAGACUGCAGCAGUGUCAGAUGCAGCCCCGGAGCCGAGUGUAUAGAAGACCCAGAGACGGGACCCAGCUGUCACUGUAUUCCCGGGUUUGUGGGGGACGGCUACACAUGUACUCCUAAUGCCGAAGACGACUGCCUGAUGUGUUCUCCGCAUGCCUACUGCAACAGAACGUACUCAGGUACAGUCCAGUGCACCUGUCUGCCAGGCUACCAGGGUGAUGGCAGGGACUGUACUGCGUCUGACGGGACUGUAGAGAAGCACUGUCUGCUGGGAUUGUGUUAUUGCCCCUCUGGCUACGUUGACAACGGCCAAUCCUGUGUUAGGGAGAGCAGUGCUACCACAACGAGGCCGUCUGUACCCGUCUAUGAUGAUUAUUCCCAACAUCCAGAACCUGAAUGUUUCUCUUCCCAAUGUUUUUGCCCCAAGGGCUACGUUUUGACUCAAGCUGUCUGCAUGCCAGAGACUGGAGCCAGUCUUCAGACUCCCUAUACCAAGGGUCAUUCCGGAUAUCAAUUGUCAUGUAACACCAUCAACAACUGUCAUCCGCAGGCGCAAUGUAUCUACAUCACGUCGGAAGGCUCGUACCAAUGUCAGUGCAACGCUGGUUACGAGGGGGAUGGCUAUGAGUGCUCGGAAAUCGAACUGUCGUGCCGUGAGGCGGACAUUUGCCACCUGUACGCCAGCUGUGAAGAGAUAGAAGGGACAGACCAGGCCAUCUGUGUGUGUGAUGAGGGGUACCAGGGCGACGGCACCAACUGCUACAAAAGCGACAUUUGCAGUGAAGAUAUAGAAUGUGGUGAUCACGCUACGUGUGUGUGGUCAGAAGACACCCAACGGAAAGAGUGUGAAUGUGAUCCUGGCUACGUUCUCGACUAUAAGAUCUGCAUCAGGCAAGGUUGUGCUGAAUGCCACGAAGAAGCAGAAUGUAUUGUGAACCCUGUAACUGGACUACCUCAGUGUGUCUGCAAGUCGGGCCUGACGGGAGAUGGAGUGGACCAGUGCAGUCCGCAGCCAAUCGGAUGUAACAUCAUCAACAACUGUGCUCCCGAGGCCGAGUGUGUGUACUUUGCUCCGGACAACGGAUAUCGCUGUCAAUGCAAACUGGGCUACGAAGGCAGUGGACACGAGUGUAUUCGCGUCAAUACUUGUAUCAACAAUCCGUCCCUGUGUGAUGUCAACGCUCGUUGUGUCUCUGGUACAACAGGCUUCGAGUGCCAAUGUCAACCCGGCUACGUCGGCAACGGACAGACUUGCAAAGAAGUGCGGCCAAUGGAAGGCGGGUUUCUUCUGGUGAACAAGGGAAUGGCAACUGUCAAAAUUCCCCAGCAACCAAGCGUCACCAACCCUGGCAAACCAAUACAGCUUCAGUAUGAUCAAGUCGCAAUAGGUAUUGCAGUGGAUUGUGUCGAAGGUUUGGUGUAUUGGAGCGACAUUAACGGACAAGUCAUCAAGCAUUCCUCUCUUAACGGCAAAGAUAUCACCAACUUUGUCACUGAAGAAAUAAGUUCGCCAGAGGGGCUUGCUAUUGACUGGAUCAGCAGACGACUCUAUUGGACUGACUCUGGCAAAGACGUCAUCAAGUCAGCUGAUCUCAACACAGGGGAGGUUCAAACCCUUAUUUCAUCCGGCCUUGUCAACCCUCGCGGUAUUGCUGUGCAUCCUAUUUACAGAAAAAUCUACUGGUCAGAUUGGAACAGAGCGUCCCCGAAGUUAGAGUCAGCAAAUCUGGACGGUUCUGGUCGUGAGACGUUGGUCACACGAGACGUCAAACUACCGAACUCUCUCGCCAUUGACUGGGCAACUCACGAACUGUGCUGGACUGACGCAGGCACUAAGAAGAUAGAGUGCCUCAACCUAGAUUCUGGCAUCAGAAGGACGGUCGUGGCCAACUGUAGCUAUCCCUUUGGUUUAGCAAUCACAGCUGAUAAAUAUUAUUGGACUGACUGGGAAACUCAGAAGGUAGAGAGUGCCUACACAUACACCUCCGCACCGGCCGAGUCACUGAUUGUCCCUCUCGGAGGAGCUGGUAAACUCUACGGCAUCGCAGCCAUUGCAGACUCUUGCCCUCGCAUCUAGUUCCUCGCCUCGUAGUGCCUUAUUUAUUGUCCGUAGGUUAACUUUGUAAAGUAAUGUGAGUAUUUUCUUCGUUUUGUAUUUUAUUUCAUUCCUGUUGAUCACAAGACUCGAAAUAUAUUUCUUUAUUUA